UUGUCCUGGUGAUAUAUAAAGUAAGAAUUCAGGAGGAUUGCAACUCACUGACACAGCAUUCAGUCAGACUGACCACCAAACCUCCAGACUUUCAACAUGGCAACAGUUCUCUUCUGCACAGGAGUGUCUAUGCUGAUGAUUCUACAUUCAGCAGCCACAGCAUUCGACCCAAACGUCUGCGUGGGCAAACCAAAACAGUUGAUCUAUGCUGAUCCCACAGAUCUAAGGGGUUUCUAUAGCUGUGAAGGGGGCCACGCCAUCCACCACAGCUGCCAACAAGGGGAGGUCUUCGAACCAAAGGUUGGAAACUGUGUUGUUCCUCUCCCUGCCCCCAGCCCUGGCUUCUGCACCUUGAAACCUGACGGCAUCUACAAAGACCCCACCAACAAAGCCGGCUUCUACAAGUGUGUGAGCGGAGCGCCGUUUUAUCGUAUCUGCCAGCGCCCCCUGCUGUUUAACUCCAGCACUGCAGCGUGUGAAUCCGAGGCCAGCCCACAGCUCCACACCAUAACCAUGCCACCUUUAAAACUCUGGAGAAUCAGCCGAGUCAGACGCUCGCUGACGACCACAGCAAGGAAGGAAACCAGAGCAGGCACAUACUGAGGGUGCUCACAAGCAGUAUUUAUAUUAAGAAAAUCAUCAGGUUAGCAGACGCAAUCCCACUGCAAUCUGUAUAGGCUGAUAGGCGGCUAUGAGAAAUUGCAACCUGAAAUGUAAAAGCAGUUAUCAUAUUUAACAUCAAGGGCGUGGCAGACAGAUACAAUACAGAUGGGCACCAAGGGCCCGGUUUUGAAUGAGGACCCUAAAUACACUAUCAUAAGAAAAUCUGUUACACUUCAUUCUAUCAAUCCACUGUUAAGCAUGAAUUAGCACCAGUUACUAAUUACAGCACUAAAUUAAAUGUAAUCAGUAGAUGAUUUAUGAACCCAAAGCACAUAUAAUUGCUAUAAUUACUAUAUUGUAGCCAGAUUAGUUUGCAAUUACAUGUUUAAUUAUCUGAUGGAUAAGUAUAUACAGAAUCCUCUCAUAGCUAUUAUACAACAGUAUUAAAUUUCUGUAACAGAUUUGCAAAUUGCUUUUAUGUGUUUGCUGUUUUUGCUUAUACUGUGCUAUGCAUUUACUGUGCUUUACCAUUGUUAAGCAUGUUUUUAAAAUGAUUUAACACACCUAUCUGUGAUUUACCAUGCAAUGACUAUGCUUCUAUUAUGCUUUCCAAUGGUUAGGAUUGUUGUGGGGAGUGGAAUGACUGUAUCUGUAGAUUCCGUACAGGCCUUUACAGGUCAUUAUAUGAUUGUAGUGGAUUCCUUUUGAAAAGGAAUCCCAAUUAACAAUGAAAAAUGUUAAAAUCACCAUAAUCACACCCUUUCCUUCUAAUAAUAAUAAUGCACUCGUCUGAGACUGCUGCUUCAAUGUGAUUCUGAGCUCCUGCGCAAUGGACAACAUAGGCUUAUAUUAUUACAUUUUGGUAGCUUCAGUUACUCGAGAUGUGUAUUAUUUCAGUUGUUACAGACAGAGCCGUCACAAGGCUCUGCGAAUCCCGCCCUUAUACACAAGAAAACGAAUCAUCACUGUGAUCUGUGCGGGCAACAGAAUCCACUUUAGUGCAUGCAGCGGUGAAUUUAACAACGCACCCCAUCUCUCCAUCGUGCGUGCACAAGAUUCUGGGUAAUGAUGUAGUUGAUCCCUGCUCUGCUCCUGCUUAUCUCACGAGCGCCCGUCAGCUACACGGAACACGCGCCCAAAAGCCCUGACGCUUCAAUUUUAAACGGGAAAAUAGAAGCCAAACCGCCAUCUCGAAAGAAGUAUUUUUUUUUAUAAAUUGAGUGCUUCGCUUGCGUUUUACUUUAUGAUUAGAAGACAGUGACAUCCGAUUCUCGACUGUACAAAAGUUAAAAGACGCAAAUACGAAUGAAAUGUUCCAGCGGGAUGACAGAAAAAUAUAUUAAUGCAUCUCAAGCAGAGGUGAGUUAUAUUUAGGUUUACCAAAUUUCCAGAAAUUACACACACACACACACACACACAUAUGUUUCGAUAUGUUGUACAUAUCUUUCUCAAGGGAAUCUUUCUCAGGCCUGUGUUUGAAUAAAAACAUUGGAGGUAUUUAUAGGUUUUUGACGGCAUGACAACUACUUGUUAUUGUUUAUAUUCAAAUCCAUGAUUUAUUCUUACAUGAUGUAAUGGUGUUCUAUAUAUUGUGAAUCAUUUUUACUUCUGUCUUUGAAUCUGUAUUAAUUCUAAUUAACAUUACUUUAUCAUGCAAUGCUGGCUCUGAGGAUCAGUCUUGAUUUGGCCUCCCCAGCGCAUCAGCAUACACAAUUUUUGAAUGAAUUUUGUUUAGUUAUUUAAAUGUUAUAUAUUUAUUGAAGUUAAUUAGUUAAUUAUUUUCUGUUGAGUCCAGCUGGCAUAAUCGUGUUCAGUCUAUUUAUCCAUUUACUUUAUUUUAUUCUUCUGUAUGUCACAUUGUCUAAUUUUAGCUGUUCUAAUACUACAAACUUUACAUCAUUUAUGUCAUGUCCCUGACUGGUGAAGUGCUGUACUAUUGGUUCAUUCAUUUUUUAAAAUUAUUUCUAGUUAUUGAAAGGUGCUUCUGAAUUAUUUUAUAUAAAGUUGUUCCAGUCUCUCCAACAUAUUUUAUUUCAUCACAUUUUUCACAGGCUAUUUCAUAAACAACAUUGCUAUUUUUACAGUAGGUAUUAGUUUUUAGUGGAUAUGUGGUGUUCUUAUGUUUAAUUAUAUUUUUACUUUUGUCCGUGUAUUUACACACUUUACAUGUAC